AUGGCAGGCUUCAACACCAUGAUCAGUGCCCUUGCGGCGGUCAUGCUGUUGGUUCAGCAAAAGGCGGACGACUGUUUGUUUCUGCUCAAUCUCAAACUCACUUCUUUAACACACUUCUUCCGCGAAACCUUGACCCUUCCUGCGCCUCCUCCAGUCACUCAAUAUGUCACCAAAAUAGUCCACAAGACUCAUACAGCCACACCAACGACUGUCACCACAAUUCUAGCACCAGCUACGACCCUGGAAUACAUCACAGCACCCACCAUGACCGGCCCAUACCGAGAAUUUCCUGAAGAAGUGCAAUUCCACAGCUUCGUUGAUACAAGCCCGUUGCGCUGGCUCCUGCUUGGGUAUUUUGUCUUCACAUUUCUUUUCGUCCUUUUGACCUGCGCACUCUGGCUACGGCAACAUAAGAGAAGACAACUUCGUAUGAAGGCUGGAAGAAAGAGUCGGAAAGGAAACCAAGAACUUGUCCUGUCCAUUCCAACAAUGUUGAUUCGGACCUUGUUUGCUAUACGCCUUCUGUUCUCAUUCAUCGGACACGUCAUCUUCUCCAGUGAACCAGAUUAUGAAUUCAUACCUCUUACGAACAUACUCAUCGAAACGAAGAUGUCGCUCUGGACGAAGUUCAAGACGGCUCUUGGGAAACUCUACGCAGUCAUUGCACCACCAAUCUCCAGAUUCGUGUCAAGGAUCGUCACUUUCUCUAUUUCUGCACUGCAUUGCAUCUGUGCAGUCAUUGCAAUCAUUGCACCAGGAGUUAUGGCUUUCUCAAUCUCUUCAUAUCGCUGCCUCCACGGUGCAUUCUUCUGGCUCUCACAAGCAUCUCGGGAAUACGUCCUCGAACCUUUCGGCGAGCAUGUUUGGCCGACGCUCUGCACAUCCGUCGUGUGCUUUCUCCGAGACUACCUAUGGUGGUUUGCCCAGGAUUGUGCUGGGCCUGUUCUCGCAGACGCAUUCAUCGCUCCUAUCCAAAUGGCAUUUCAGAAACCGACUCUGAAAACUCGACAGACACGAAGCCACAGCCGCAUGCCAACAGACGCUGGAACAUCCUCACUGAACAGCUUUACGCCCAACCUCAUGGCAACCCCUGCUCAACCCAACAACUUUCAGGUGCCAUAUACUCCCGGUAGUGGAACGCUUCAAACACCGAAUCCACAACAUCUGUCUCCGGUGAACCACCAACUCCAUCUUCGCGUCGAGCAAGAAAACAAAUCACUCCGUCAAGAUGUUCACUCACUGAAGAAGAAACUGGAACGCGAACAGGCAAAACGUGAAGACGCCGAAUUGCGCGCAAAGAACGAACAGGAAAUCAAUGACAAGGUCCACUCGGGCUUGAUUGACAUACAAGAGAAGCAGCAACGACUUGAAGCUAGGUAUGCUUCUGUGGCCGUCAAGAAGCCUGAACCUGUCAUCACACAUUUCAAAUCCCCUGGCGAAGACUCCAAACCAGUCACAGAGAAACCUGUCACCAUUAUUAGGAAGCACACUCAGGGACACAAGCCUCGCUCCGAACGUUUGAGGACGGUGCGACCUCUCCACCCACGCGUCAGCAUUUUCAGAAAGUCGGCAGAACUAUUCAGAAAGUCAGUAGAACAGCGUACAGCUCGUAACGCUAAGCUUGUGCGAAUCCAUAAGAAGCACAUGCUUGAACUGCUCGCUUCUCAAGACGUUACUCCAGCUCAGAACACUGCUCAAGGCGUUACUCCAGAUGGUAAUACUGCUCAAGGCGUUACUCCAGAUGAAAACACUGCUCUGCUGGGUCUUGAGAACACGAUUCAACAGCAAUCAUUGAAACUACAGCGAAGCUCGGACACACUGCGUGACUACCAGACGGCCCUUGAAGGGCAGGUAUCUCGAAUCAAUGAACUUACCACGUCGACCCAAGGCAAGGAUCGUCAAAUCACAGAACUCAUUCAACAGGCUGGUAAUCUUCAGUCUCAAAUCAAUGAGCUUACCACAUCAACGCAAGGCAAGGAUCGUCAGAUUGCAGAAAUCAAUCAACACGUUGGUAAUCUUCAGUCUCAAGUCAAUGAACUUACUACGUCGACGCAAAACAAGGAUCGUCAUAUUGCAGAACUCAACCAACACGUUGGGAACCGUGACAUAGAGAUCGAUCGCCAGAGACAGGUCAUCCAGCAACAGAAUGCCAACAUCAACAGCAUGACAGUCAAUGGUGUCAACCAGGAAGGCGCUCGUGUCAGAGAGGCACAGGUGGCAUUGGAGGAGGAGAGAACUCGAAGUCAACGCCUCGAGCAAGCUCGCAAUGAGCAGGAGUCUGCAUUGGCUCAAUUGAGACAGAAUGCCAACGACGGGAACGCCAGGAUCCAACAGCUCGAAACCGAGACGGCCACGUUGCGCGCCCAGACCGCUAUGAACGGCGUCCUCCAGGCAACGACUGAGGACCAUCGGCGUCGCAAUGAAGGUCUUCGACAAGAACUGGACCAGGUCAGAGGCGAGUUGGACGACGCCUACCUCACCAUCAGUGGUCUCGGAGGUGGUAACGAUGAGACGAACACCUUGCUCAAUGACAGUGAUGCCGUGGUGGUGACUGGAGGGGCGGGAGCUUAUCAGCCUGUAAACGAGUACUCGGCCACCGAGAUAGAGGAAUAUGACCCUGCCGCUUUGAUCGCAGCAGGGGUCCUUGAUGGCGUUGUGGGGUUCAACAGCACGGCAGCUGGCCCAUCAGCCCCACGACCACCACCAUCUCCUCCGGCGUCGAUUCCUGGCUUGGGUUUUGCUGAAGACGGCGAGUCGUUGCCUAAAUUUCCCAAGCGAAUACUCAAAAAACCAAAGUCACGUCUGAGGCGGCCAGAAGGCCUCAAUCCUCCCACCGUCUUCUCUGCUGGUGGCGGUGCCCGCGUCAACCCCUUUGCCGGUCUCGCUGCUGGUGGCGGUCCAACCGUCAAUCCCUCCCCCAUGAACGUGCCAAACCUGGCGUACGCGGCGGCCAAUGCGGCACCAGCACCAGGUACUGUCCCGGCGGCGGCCCCGGUCCAGCCAGGAGUGCCUGCUGGGUUCACUUCGACAGCGCUAGGUCAAGUAGCUGCGUUGAGUGUCGAACAAUUGCACCAACUGGCAAUGAAUGCCCCCGCCAGGGCAGCGAGGCAGGCCUCGGAAGACGGUCAGGUGUCGUCCGAAGAAAACCAAGACGACGCGGACUUUGAUGCGGCGUUUGACCGGGCGUACGAGGAAUUGGAUGCAGAAGAAUCUGCUGUGAGAGAGUAUAGCACCGACGACGCUAGAGACGAAGAGUCUGAGUAG